AUGGUGGCAGAUCAUUAUCUGAUGGUCCAGAGGUGGAGACCUAUGUUCAAGGCCCAUGACAACGAGGUGAAGAAGAUUGCAGUCUGGAUCCGGUUGCCUAACUUGCCAGUUGAGCUCUACACUGAGAAGUUCCUCUGGAGACUAGGCUCUAACCUAGGGACUAUGUUGAAAAUUGAUAUGGACACUUCUGUACAUUCCAGGAGCAGAUUUGCUAGAAUCUGCGUAGAAAUUGACUUGAGCCAGCAAUUGACUACUAAUUACACAGCUAUGGGUGAGGAACAUGCUCUGGAAUACGAAGGGCUCGACUCUAUCUAUUUUAGAUGUGGUAGAUAUGGUCACAAAAUGGAUGGGUCCCAUGAACCCUUGGCAAGUGUGCAAAUGCCCUUUGUGGUUCAACAAGCUAGUCUACCUAUGGAAACCCAUUCUGAGACAUUACCAAUGGUGAUUGAAGAAACUACGACUAUCUCUAACCACCUCCCCACCCAUGUGGAGAAAGAUAAGCAGGAGAACAAAGAGAACGAAAUCCCCACAGGUUUUGGGCCAUGGAUGCUUGUAAAGAAGUCUGUUAGAAAGAAAUCUGGGAAAAACUGGUCUCUUGGGGAGCAGCACCAGAAUUCUGGAUCAAGGUUCAAUGUUUUGAAGGACAUAACAGUGUCUGGCCAAGUCCUGAGGCCUCAAACUCACCCCCAAGCCAAGUGUACUCACACAAGAAACAAGGGAAAGCUUCCCCAAGUAGCACUAGGAGGAGUGCAACUAAGCCACCAAAACAGAACACCUCCAAAGGUGCUGGCCAAAUGA